AUGCGAUCAACAUCAACAUCAAGGCUCGCGUGCCAUUACUCCAUCACCCACAGCCUCUUCCGACAUGAUUACGAGAUCAUCUCAGCGAAUGGGAAACCGAACUACCACGUGAACAACUCACAUUUGACACCCGGCAAACCAGACCUAACGUUUCAUGUCGGAUCGGACGCCAAGGGCCCCAUCGCGGGACAGCAGCAGCAGCAGUGGAGAUUUGUCUUGCAGUCGGUCCACAUCAACGUCAUCGGUACGCUCGGGUUCAGGACCAAGUUCAUCCUCAUCAUCAUCAUCAUCAUCAUCAUCAUCCUCAUUUGGAUCUUUGUCCGGGACAUCGAUGGAGAAGUUCAAGUUGGAACUGGAACUGGUGCAUGA